AUGUCUGUUUCGCGCUACUUGACAGCGCAAAAGGUCAGCCUACUUGUCUUGGUCAAAUUAUACUGCGACGCUGUCCUGCCUUCUUCUGCCACGAUACCCGUCUUGUCAUUCAUUCUCUCGCAAAAUGUUCCCAGGCCAUCCUCAUUCGCGCGGGGACGGAACAGUCGCCAAGACCACGAUGCUUCAUUUUCGAUUGAUGCAUUUGAAGAGGUCCUCCAAGGACAUGCUUCCAAUAUGCCGGGCCGAACGCUUUUAGACAUAUUUCUCAAGCAGAUGUGGGAGGUCAAUUCAUUCCAUGCUUUGCACGAACUCUUCGAGAGCAGUGGCCACUUGUUAGCCAGAGGUCCUGGAGACCCAGAUCGCAUAGAACCAGAAUAUCAAGACCAAGUGCUGUUAGCACAGGCAUCUCCAUUAGGGCUUUUUGUCCGAAGGAUGCAGGUAGAAUUCCACCGACUGCCAUUUGACGAUGCAAUGAGAGUUUGGUCAUCGUUCAUUGUCUACCGAGCACCCACAGCACAGUGGAACAAGAGGAUCGCAGGUCUGGCGGGUACGUCUGGAAUCGAUCGAAAUGCAGCGGAGCUAGGUAUCGGGCCUGGCGAUAAGUUGUUCGACUUGGCCUAUGGCGACCUUGCUGAUGAGGUUGUGUCGAGUGACGCACUAAGUGUAGAGGACUUUAGCCGGUUACUUGAAUUUCAAUGCGACAAAUUACAAAGCCUUGGUUGUCGGGUGUCAGAUGAGAUGCGAGUGAAGUUGCGGUCCAUGUUUGGCCCUUCUGGGGUCGCUUUGCGUCAAACACAUCUAGUGGAGUUCUUUGAUGCGUGGAAGGCAGGAGAGUACACCUCGGCCUUUGAUAGAUUACAUCAAUAUUUCGAUUAUGCUGUGCAAACACAGCAGCGGACUCACUAUCAGUACGCUCUUCUGCAUAUGGCGGUUCUGCAGGCAGAAUUUAGUUGUUUCAGCGAGGCCGUUGCUGCUAUCAAUGAAGCAAUUACAACUGCGCGGGAGAACCAAGACAUGCACUGCUUGAACUUCAGCUUGAGCUGGUUAAAUCAUAUGAGUAAAGCAUACCCUAAACAAUUGAAGGCGUCUGGGUACAUGGGCACGCUGGGAUCCGAACGGGACGGAUUGACGUAUCUCAAGGCAAGGGCGAAAGAAUCAGAGAUGUACCCUUUGCUGAGCUCUACAUUGCUGAAUGAGGCAUCUUUAUUCCUCGGGACGGGAGAUUCGGUCGUUCGUGCGUUUGAGUACAUGUACCAAGCUUCACAUCUGAACAUAAGGGAGCACAUAAACAACCAUGGCAGUCACGCACUUCUGCAGUCUACAAUAUACGCCCGCUUAGGCGUUACGCACCUGUCACACAUGCACUGCGACCUCCUUCUAGAUUGCUACCAGGAUGGGUGCCCCUUUGAUGAUGUUAUGCGAGCUAUUAGUCGCCGUGCAUUUACUGCUAUGAAUUAUGGUCGUUUUGAUGAUGCACUGAAUCACAUGGACACGAUCGACCCGUCCUUUCAUCGAACGCUCAAGUUCCAUCGCUUCAUCUUCCUUGGUACAGGCCUUAUCAAGUUUAAGAGGGCUAUUCGACGCACCGACUGGGAUGCCUGCGAAUCGUUCAUUCCCUUGCUCCAGCCAGAUACAUCGACCGACCCUGAACUCGCAUAUGUGCUGGCCGAAGCUCAAAUUGAUUACCUCAUCUCACGUGGGUAUUACGAUCAAGCUUUCGCCAUGAUUGAAGAUACAGUGACCUCUUUAAGAGAAGAGGGCGCUGAUAUCAUCAUGCGUGUCAACAUGUUGAUCGCGAAGGCCACGCUAUUCGCGAAGGUGGGAAGCCCACAACGAGGUUUCAGUAUCGCAUUAAGAGCGGCCAACGUGGCCUUCAAGGCUAGGCUGAUGCCAGCUUUGUGGAAAGCCGUGGGGUUGCUAUGUAAUGUUCUGAAUUCGAUUGGCGAGUAUCAAGCAGCAAUGAGGCUGCUCCAUGCCGUAAUACCACAGUCCUUAGAAAACUCAGAUUCGAUGCUGAUCGGAACCCUCUAUUCGAAUAUAGCGGAUUCAUACAUGGGCCUUGCUGGUCUGGAUGACCCGUCUAGCGCCAAUGGUAGUCGCUCCUACGCGGCGAACAUCAGCCGCGCCGAUCUCUACCUAGACCGAGCCCGCGAUUACUUCAAGAAGGUUGAAGACAUCGAGUAUGAAUGCGAACAGUUGAUGAAGAAGGCUUUCAUUGCAAAGUUGCGUGGGGACGAAAAGGUUGCUGAUGAAUGGGCUCAUAAUCACAACCGAGUGUGGGAGGAG